AUGAGAACAGACUUCAACCGGCACGCACCGCCCAAGUUCCAAGGAGAAGCUGAACCCGAAAAGGCUGAUCUAUGGGUUCAGGAGAUGGAGAAGAUCUUUGAGGCACUCCAUACCCCGGAUGCCGAGAAGGUCAACUUGGCCACUUUUAUGCUGAAGGGUGAUGCUGAGUAUUGGUGGCGUAGUGCCAGACAGCUGAUGAUGGCCAACCAUGAGGUCAUCACUUGGGAGUCUUUCAGAAAGGCGUUCAUGGAUAAGUACUUCCCGGAAACAGCAAGGGAAGAAAUGGAGAACAGGUUCCUCAGCUUGAGGCAAGGACCUACCUCUGUGGGAGAGUAUGCUGCACGUUUGGAAGCCCUAUCCAAACACUUUCGAUUCUUCCAGAACCAGGUGGAUGAGGCUUACCUAUGCAACAGGUUCAUGCGAGGGUUGAGGAAUGAGAUUGAGAAGGCUGUGAGGCCUUUGGGAAUCAGGGUCUACCAACAGCUAGUGGAGAAGGCCCGUGAAGUCGAGGCUAUGGAAAACAGGCAGAGAGGCCGCCCAGAGAACGGAGGGGGAGCAGCCCCUGUUUCAAAGGAAGAUGUGACCUGCUACAAGUGCAAUGAGAAAGGACACUAUGCUAAUGAAUGUGGCAAGGAGAUUGUAUGCUGGAGAUGCCGAAAACCAAGACAUGUGGAGAGAAAUUGCCCGAGUGCUGCUAAAGCUGAGCCAGUGCUGAAUACCGCCAGAGGGAGACGACCAUCUGCUCCAGGUCGUGUCUUUGCUAUUUCUGGCGAACAGGCCGCUGUUACUGAUGACCUUAUCCAGGGUACGUGUCUUAUUGCUGGGACAUCACUAAUGGUUUUAUUUGAUUCGGGUGCCACGCACUCAUUCAUUGCUGAGGACUGUGUGAAAAGGUUAGGGUUACUGACUGCUGACCUACCCUUCGAUCUGGUGGUGACAACCCCUGCCGCUGAUCGACUAGUUACACGCACGGCAUGCUUGCAAUGUCCGUUGGUUUACGAGGAUCGGAAGUUCUUUGCGAACCUCGUCUGUUUAGGGCUCAAAGAACUGGAUGUGAUCUUGGGAAUGGAUUGGUUAGCGCAAUAUCACAUGCUCUUAGAUUGUGCUAACAAGGCGGUAGUAUUCCCAGAUCCCGGUGUUACGGAUUACUUAAACUCGUACAACUUGGGGAAGGGUUCACCGGCGUAUGUGAACUCUAUCGUUGCCGAAGCGAAACAUGAUGGUGAUGUGCGCAAUAUCUUGGUGGUACAGGAGUAUGUCGACGUGUUUCCCGAAGAUGUACCCGGUUUGCCACCAGUCAGAGAGACGGAGUUCUCUAUUGACAUUGUGCCCGGUACUGGACCAAUAUCGAUGGCCCCUUAUCGUAUGGCCCCAGCGGAGUUGGUAGAGUUGGCAAAGCAGUUGGAUGAUCUCUCCUCAAAGGGAUUCAUUCGACCUAGCGUAUCGCCAUGGGGUGCACCUGUGCUAUUGAUCUCAUGCUACCUUGCUAAUUUUGGACCAUGUUAUGCUUGUUUUCAACAUGACUAUAGUGAAUAUUUGAGUUCUGGAAUUUUUGGUGAAUAUGAUGAUGAUUGGGGACUAUACAAUGCUUGUGAAUAUGAAAAGAAAGAAAGAAAAGUUUUUGCAAAACCUUAG